GAUGCAUGAUGGGAUAUUAUGGGAAUCUAUGACCUUUGACCGUAAACACGACGUACAAAAAAAAUCGUCUAACGACAUCGCGCGAAUUUACGAAUUUCUUGAGUUUGUAUUGAGCUUUUCUGUUAUAUUAGUGAGCCUCCAAUGGAAAGAAGACGUCGAGUCUUGUCACUUAAAAAACCCCAAGUAUUAAAGCAAUCAACACUAACAGGGUUUGCAAAACCAACUGUCAGGGAUGAUAAAGGAAUGCCAAACUUCCAACGAGAUACGUCAUGUGGUGCCCAGAAACCUCUAGGUGUUGUGUCCCCUAUGACAAGCAAUAACAUGGUUACCAUUACCAGCAUACCAAACAAUGAAUUACAAAAGGAAAGGACCAAUAAUGCUGAUAUAGGCUUUCCUGACAGUAUGUUUUUAGGAGAUUUUUUUAAUGAAGAUGAUUUUGACAAUUUUGAUUUUAGUUUUCAAGAAACUACAUUACCAAAGGUUUCACCAAAGAAGGCAAUUAUAUCAAAUAAAGUAGAGUGUGAUUCUGUAGAUUUGACAAUUAAUGAAGAUAGUAAUGAGAUGAUACCACCUACCUACAUUCCUUCUACGAAAAAAACAAAUAAGAGAAGUAUUCGACGACCAAAAGGUCUCGACAGUGACAGUGAAAGUGAAAAUGAACAGCAAGAAAAGGCAGACAACCAAACAGAGACAAAUAACCCAAAUGAUGAUGAAUUGAACGAAGAGGACUUUUAUCAAGAUUAUGAAUUCAUAGAUCCCCCUCCUCCUUCCCCUUCACCUGAUGAUGUUGAUGAGUACAUGACAAUUUUGCCACCAUCAUCACCACCGAUUAUUAGUCAUGAUAUCUGCAAAAUUGGCUCUAAACCCACAAUUCAUCAGGACGUUAAAAAUCAUCAAAACGUUAAUUCCUGCAUCAAUGAGAAUGUAUCAGCAACAAGUAAAGAAGAUGACAUUGACCUACAGAGUAUUAGCGCGCACCCAUUUCUUUCACCACUUCCUUUGAGUAUAACAAGUGACUUACUGAGUCUCAGAAUAGAUGGUCUAAAAGGUCUCCUGAUAGAUGUGAUGGACAGAGUCUGCAGCAUAAUUGAGAAAUCAAAUACUGUGUCAGACAGUGUGAGAAAAGCUGUUAUCUUUAGAAAAAGAAUAAAAGCAGCAAUUAAACGGGCAGAAAAUCAAUUGGAAUUCCUUCCUAGGACAAAGGUUGAACAACAAGGAAUUACAUCCAUUCCAGAAAAUGAGGAAUUUAAUAGUGUACCAAAUGAAGACAUAUCAGAUUUUAAGACUGACUGUCAAACAAAAACAUCAACAGAAAAUGUAGGUGGUAACAGGAGGGAGAAUUUAAGCUGCAAUCAACCAACCAGGUGCACAUCUACACCAAGAACAAAUCAUUCGAGGACUGCUGUUGCCACACCUUCCAUACCACCAAUAGGUAUGCAUUUAAAUAGCCCAAAUUGCCAGUUUGAUGCAAAAGUGGAUGAACCAACACCAUCAUCUAGGACAAAUACAGAUAAAGUUGUUGUAUCAUCUGGAUUCAAAUUCAAAAAAUCCAUGGCAAAGGGGUCAAAUGUAGUGCCCUCUGGUUUCUCAUCUGAUCCAAGUUCUUCCAGGUGUUAUGACUUUUCAAACAGUGCUAACACAUAUUCCAAAUCCUUUGGAGAAACAGUGUCAAAUAAUGAUAGAUGCAACUUUACUGCAGGUGAUGUAUCAACACCAAUAGGUAUAAAUAAGGUUUCAAUGGCAACAACCUCAGGACUUGCACAGAAUUUAAACAGCUUUGUUCAGAGGAAGUCUUCAGGUUUUAAAUUUGAGAAUAGUUUUGAAACAGAUCGCAGUCCAGCACCUCAGUCAGUUGGUCAGAAUAACUGGAAUUCUGGGUUCAGCUUGUCAGCCAACAAGCUAUCUGAAAAAUCUUUGCCAAACAAACUGACAAGUAAUAAUACCAAACCCAAAACUGCAGUAUCAAGUCACAUAAAUAAGCCGGCAAAUCCAACUUCAAAUUCCAACUCUGCCAAGAAGGUCGGCAAAUACAGUGGUUUUAACUUCCCGCAUUCAAAUGAAAUGAUGAAGGUCUUUCACAAAGUGUUUGGACUCCAUGAGUUCAGGUGCAACCAGUUGGAGGCAGUGAAUGCUGCCCUCAUGGGGGAAGAUUGCUUUGUCCUUAUGCCAACAGGUGGAGGUAAAAGUCUAACGUACCAGUUACCUGGAGUCAUCAGUGCAGGUGUGACAAUCGUAGUAUCACCUCUAAAGUCUCUGAUCCAGGACCAAGUACAGAGGUUGGUGUCCCUGGGGAUACCUGCUACGCACCUGUCAGGGGAGCUGAGUUUAUCUGCUAUGGAUAAUGUUUAUAGAGAGUUGUCCCUGAGGGAGCCCAUCCUGAAACUUCUUUACGUCACCCCCGAAAAGAUAAGUAACAGUAACAAGUUGUUGUCAACAUUUGACAAUUUAUAUCAACGCGGAAUGCUUGCCAGGUUUGUCAUCGAUGAGGUUCACUGUGUUAGCCAGUGGGGUCAUGAUUUUCGACCGGAUUACAAACGACUGUGCAACCUACGCAGCAAGUAUCCCGGCGUGCCAAUGAUGGGACUUACUGCCACAGCCACUCCUAGGGUUAGGGCUGAUAUUCUCCGACAACUUCAAAUGAAAAAUCCACAAUGGUUUACUCAAAGCUUUGACCGAUCUAAUCUGAGGUACACUUUAGUGAAGAAAAAGCCAAGUACAGCCACACAAGAAGUUUUGCAAAUUAUUAAGAAGCAGUUUUCAAGGAUGUCCGGAAUUGUUUAUUGUCUAUCAAGAAAUGAGUGUGAGAAAGUAGCACGCGACCUUACAGAUGGCGGUGUCGGUAGUCGGCCAUACCAUGCUGGUCAGUCUGACACAGUAAGAACAAAGGUCCAUGAAGAUUGGCUGAAUGAUAAAGUUAAGGUUGUGUGUGCAACCAUUGCUUUUGGUAUGGGGAUUGAUAAACCUGAUGUAAGAUUCGUUAUCCACUACUCCUUACCAAAGUCUGUUGAGGGCUAUUAUCAGGAGUCUGGUCGGGCUGGCCGUGAUGGUAAAACUGCUCAUUGCGUCUUGUUCUACAUGUACAAGGACGUAGUCCGUAUGCGUAAACUUAUUGAAGGUCAGUGUGCUAACCCGGAAGCCCAGAAAACUCACCUGGACAACUUGUACCGUAUGGUACAGUACUGUGAGAAUGAGACAGACUGCAGGAGAAUGCAGCUACUGCAGUACUUUGGUGAGAAUGAUUACAAACGAGACAUGUGCAGAAGCAAGCCAGAAACCAUCUGUGGCAAUUGUGAAUCACAAAUUCAGUACCAGGUGAAGGAUAUGACUCAGCAUGCAAAAGGGAUUGUAGAGUUUGCGCAACAGCUGGAGCAGUCCGGGGGACGAAGGGGCAGGUGGGCCAGCAAUCAGUACACACUGAUACAUUUUAUCGAGGUUUACAAAGGAUCAGUAUCAGCGAAGGUUGUAAAUGUAGGGCAUGAGAAAUCCUGCAUCCACGGACUUGGAAAAAAUCUUUCAAAGAGCGAUUGUGAGAGGUUUCUCCGCAAGCUUGUUAUUGAGGGAUAUUUGCGUGAGGACAUGCAGUUUACAGCUCUUGAUCAUGCGGUGUGCUACAUCAAAGUCGGCCCCAAAGCGGCAAGCUUAUUAAGUGGAAAAAUAAGGGUUGAGAUGAACAUCCAAUCCGGUAGUAAGCCGACUAAGAUCACUGUAGUCAGCCCAGUCAUUAGUGAAACACAAAAGCUUAAGCAGAGCCUUUACGAUGAGUUGAGAUCAACAUGCAGGCAAUUAGGCAGACAAACUGGCAUGAACCCAGACAAUAUAUUUAAUGCACAAACUAUUCAAGAGUUAUCACAGAAGCUACCCUUGACCAAUGAGGAGAUGUUAGGCUGCACUGGAGUGACUGAAGCCAAGUUGGCCAGAUUCGGUCAGCAUUUCCUGAAUGUUAUUUAUAAAUUUGUACCACAGAUUACACAACUGGAAGACGGAGACUUUGAUGACAACACCUCAGUCCAGGAAAAUGAGUCGCACUAUUUUAAUUCUGGUGCUACCUCGUCAAUUAAAGGAAGACAAACAAAGCGCAAAAGAGCUCCCAGAACAUUUAGCAAUAAAAAAAUGAAGGCAUCCGAUAACAGCUACAGGCCAACAGGCAAUGCUGCAUCAAAUCACAGGAACACUAGUGGAGGAUGGGUGUCUAAAGCAUCAUACAACCCCAGCAAUAAAGGAGCACUAUCCAAAAAGUUUACAUUCAAAGGAAAAUCUAGCAAUACAACGCCUAAACUGUCGUUGAUGCCAAACCCACAACCAAGACCAUUUCUUUCAAAGGUUAAUCGCUUAUGAUUUGGCCGGUAGUUGUAGACCAGUGUCUUAAGUGACAAAUUUGUGUGAUGUGCCCAUAUAUGGGCAUAAUGAUGUCAUAUUACACCCAAAUAUUAGUUUUUUGUCGCAUAAAUUUUGAUAGUGUGGACAGAGUUUAAAUGAGCAAAAACUGAUUUCUGUAAUUUGAUACUUGUAAAUGAGAAGCUUGGUGUUUUACCUCCCAAGGUCCUUCUUAUAAAUAUAGGUACAUCAAGAUUCAAGAAUAAUUUAUUGAUGUUACAGAUUUUCAACAGACAUAUUUUAGAACUAAUGUUUGUUGUGAAUCUGUACUUCUGCCAACCCCACCCCCCCCCCACUCUCACUAUCUGUAUUUUGCCAUCUUAGUAAAGUAUACAAUCUUUAUUAUACCAAAUAAAUUACCUUUUAGUAUGUUUAUUGUAUUAUAUAUAAAAUAAGAUAAGUUUUA